CAUGAAAAGCCUAUUUACUAUAUUGACUAUACUAACUUCAAAUCUUUCAGUUGCAACACCAACUUUCCCCCAAUAUAUAGGAUGCUUCGUAUGCGUUGGGCGUAGCUCCGGAAGCUUCCAACAUUUAUCUAAUAAAUUGAAUAAUAAUGUUAUUCGUUUAAGCGACUGCUUACAAUCUUGUGCUUUAACGGGUAAAAUUCUAGCAGCUAUAUCAUACGGACGAUAUUGCAGUUGUAUCAGUAAAAAGACGCUCGAUAACUGCCUCACAGUUAAAGACGUAGAAUGCUCUAGUCAAUGCGUGAAUAAAGAGAGGUGUGGUAGUAAAGAGAGAUACUCAAUCUACAAAUUGCUCUUGGAUAAAUUCGAUUGGGGUGAGUGGAACGUUUGGGAGGGUUGCUCUGUCGACUGUGGUGGUGGUACUGAAAUAAGGAGAAAGUCUUGUAGGAAUCCUGAUAAGUGCUCAGGAAAAGAACUGACAGAAGUUAGGGAGUGCAAUACCUUUUUUUGUCAAGCCUCGGAAAUUAUUAAUAACAAAGGAGCAAGAAAGAAAACGGAAAAGUACUUGAAUGUCUGGUCAAAAUGGAGUUCGUGGUCGGUUUGCUCUCAAUCUUGUAAUGGUAGUGAGAGAAUAAGGAAACGACACUGUUAUCGACCUCCUUGUAGGGGAUUUCAGACUGUUGUUAGAAUAUGCUCCAGGGUGAAAUGCCGUCCAGAAUUAGGGUGGUCGCAGUGGACAGCCUGGAGCAACUGUUCUUCAAAUAGUGACGUAGAAUCUAGUAAGCGUCAUAGGCAGUGUAAUUUACCUAAAUAUAUAGAUAGUCGUAAAGUAUGCAUGGGAACUAUUGAAGAAUAUAAACAAUGUUUUAAAACGAAAAAUUGCCCUAUAAACAGCUCAUUUAUUAGAGGACAUGAUAGCAUUAAAACACUACAGAGCAACAAAAGAGAUCUAAUUCAUGUCGAUCUACAUGCUACACAUAAAAGCCUAAUGAAUAAGAAAAUGCUGGACCUAAUAGCAUACCUACUUUUUAUAGCUAUCUUGUUUAUUUGUUCCUUUUUCGUUCUAUUCUCCUACGCUAAACGAUUUUUCUGUAUAAUUAACCGCUCCAGUGAGGAAGGAAAGAACCUUAAACCCAAUAAAUCUGAUUAUCGCGAAAAUCCUGAAAAUAGGGAACGAUUAUUUGCGAAUGAAGAAAUUUUAAAACAAAAAUUAGCAACAAUAGCUGAAACGACAGAUGAAGAAAGUAGUAAUAGUAAGAGUGCACUAAAUGUUAAUCAGCAGUCUUCUCGACCUAAUUCCUCUCUUCCUCCUCUUCAAGGACAAUAUUCCAUGUAUUUGGAUCCUAAUGUUGAAAGGAAUCCUCAAGAAAAUUGCUGCGAAAUCGAUAUCCAAACUGUCUCUGAUAGAUUAUUUCGUUCUACUCAACUAACGGAUAAAUCCUCUGGAAAAUGUUCUUCAUUACGAACUGAUUCUUCUCUGGAAUUAAGUUGUGAUAAAUAUAUCAAUGAGGCUGAAAGCCCGUUAAAGUAUCACCAACUCAACAACCAAUUGAAAGAAGAAAAAUUAAAGAGUAUAAAACAGAGCAGAUCAAAGGAGUUAUAUGCUAAGAGAGCCUUUGCCGAAGAAACAGACCUUGAUUAUAUAAAAGACGAAUAUGAGCCAUACUCAGCAAAUUUUUCCCGAAGAGAUGGGCCAUUUUUAAACAGGCUCUUUGCAUCCGAACAAGAUGCUGAAGGUGAAAAUCAAUCAUCUUUACUAUGUCCGUCAAAUCCAGAGCUGGACCAAACGAAUUUUAAUCGAAAAGCAUCAGCUCAACAGCAUGAAUCCCCAGCUUAUAAUAACCCGCCCCAAACUCAGAUAUACAUAAAAAACGACCAGUUAAAAGAUUCUCAAUUAAAUUUUGCGAAAAAAUAUUCUGGCAUAUAUCCAGGACUUCCUAAACUCAUAAACUUAGAUUUUACCAAUGAUAAGCAAAUUGGCAACAAGUCAAAAACUGCAAAGAUAGAUAGUAAAAUUGUUGGCUUAGAGGCCCAGAAAAAGCCUAGUAAAGAGAAUCUAGAAAAAUGUACCAGAAGAAACUUAAUAGAUUCUUCCAAAGAAAUUACUAUCCCUCAUCUUUCUUGUGAUUGGAAUAGGAAACUUAGUAUAUCUGAUAGCAGAAAUGAAUUCUUUGUCAAUCAGAGACCGGGGUUUAAAUUAAUAGAAUCAAGAAUUAAAUCAACGGGAAGAACUCUCAAAAUAAAUGAUACUAAGACACGAAAUCGUAUGACCAUUAGUACGCAAACUAAAAGAAAGCACUGGUUAGAAGAAGGAUCUAUGAAUCAAGUCUCAAGUAUAUCCAAUAGAGGAAUAGAAAAUCAAUUAAGCGUUGACACCACACCGGAUAGUUGGGAUAAUAAAUCGCUUAAUAGAGUUAAGGUUAUUCCAGUAGCAAACGGUCCUCUUCAUCAUUUGAAUUUCGAAAUUCCAGAGCAUCAAUCGAGUACAGAUUUAGCGCUAACAGAAACGUGUAAAAAUUUACAGAGCUUGACCGAACUAUUGGAAAAGGAAAUUUCCCUAAAUCGCUUGAAAGAACGUUGCGACUUAUCGACAAUCUCAAGAGAGCAUCUUGAGACAAUGAAGGCUAAAAAAGUUCAAGAGGAAAAUGGCCGUAUUCAAGAUUUUAUUGAGGAAAAGAAUUCCAUUUCUAUAGACCUAAAGAGGGAGCUGAGUGCUUUCAGAUAA